AUGCCUUCUGCUGUUCUUACCGCCAACGACCAAGGAGGACCCCAAACAACCGCAAAAGCAAUUCCAAAGCUGAUUCCCAGACGGAAACCUCAAACCGCUGACCAACCAGUCAACCCACCACCAAGCACACCCUCACUGCCCUUACCACCACCACUCGACAGCCAUGUAUACAGCCACCCAACCCGCCGGAUCCUGUCAGAGCGCGAUCACAAGCUAUUCCUCGCAUCGCCCACCCACGACCUAAUCGUCAGCUUCGUCUUCCACCUCUCCGAUGCAGCUGGAGAUCAGACGGUCAGCGGGGUGAAGCAGCUACCAAUCGCCAAGGACCCAGCCAUCGUCGCUCUACUGGCAGUUUUGGACGAAGCAGAAGAAAGACUCAAGCAAUGCCCAGCACAAGACACAGGAUCACGCUUCGGCAACCCAGCCUUCCGCGACUUCUUACAGCUAGUAGAAGAAUCUUCCCCAGCAUGGCACAAGAAACUAGGUAUUACCAACGACGGCGCCAUCAACGAAAUCUCCGCCUACCUCGCCCAAAGCUUCGGCAACGGCACACGCAUCGACUACGGCUCCGGCCACGAACUAAACUUCAUCCUCUGGCUGCUCUGCCUGCGCCAACUCUCCAUCCUCCCGGACUCCAUCUUCCCCGCCCUCGCCCUCCUAAUCUUCCCGCGCUACCUGAAACUCAUGCGCGACGUGCAGAGUACAUACUACCUCGAACCGGCCGGCUCCCACGGCGUCUGGGGUCUAGACGAUUACCAAUUCCUGCCCUUCUUGAUCGGAGCCAGUCAGUUGGUCGAUCAUAGGCAUAUUCGACCUUUGAGUAUUCAUAAUGAGAUGAUUGUCGAUGAGUGCGCGGGAGACUAUCUCUACCUGGAUCAAAUCAAAUGGGUCAAUGCGACGAAAACGGUACAGGGACUACGCUGGCAUAGUCCAAUGCUCGACGACAUCUCCUCGGCGAAAUCAUGGAGUAAAGUGGAAGCGGGUAUGCGUAAGAUGUUCCUUGCGGAAGUCUUGGGAAAGCUACCAGUGGCACAGCAUUUCCUCUUCGGCAGCUUGCUCCCCGCGGCCGAGGGAAUGAGUCAAGAUGCUGAGAGUAGAGUUGGGGAGGAGGAUGUAGGGGAGGUAGAGGUGACGGUCGAUGGGAUGAAGCAUAUGCAUAGUGCUAAUAGCUGGGGCGAUUGCUGUGGGAUUAAAGUGCCUUCUGCUGUCGGGGCGAGGACGGAGGCGAAGAAGCAUGGGCAGGAGCCCGGGUUGAGGAGGCUGCCUUUUGAUUGA